CAUCGAUGGUGUGUUAGGCAUAUUGAAGCUAAUUGGAGCAAAAAUUACAGAAGUGGGGAGUUGAAAAAGCUUCUUUGGUGGUGUGCUUGGAGUACAUAUGAGGAGGAGUUCAAAGAUCAGCUGACAAAAAUGGGUGAGUUGAAUAAGAAGGCUACUAAGUCCUUGGUGAGCUAUUCACCAGAAAAAUGGUGUAGAGCAUAUUUUGACACCAAAUGCAAAAAUUUCAUGGUUGACAACAACUUCACGGAGUCCUUCAACUCAUGGAUUGUAGAGGCCAGACAAAAACCAAUCAUAAAGAUGCUUGAAGAAAUAAGGGUGAAGGUAAUGAUCAUGUUAAGGAAGCAUGAGGCCGAAGUUAAAAGUUGGAAGAAUGAGUUUUCACCACAUGCAACGCAUCUCUUUAAUGACUACAGGAUCUUUGCCCAACGAUGUAAGGUUGAGUUUAAUGAGGGUUGUGGAUAUGAAGUGACCGAGGGUGUGGAUAGACAUACAAUCAAUAUAGAACUUAAAAGAUGCUCAUGCAGAGUAUGAGACUUAUCUAGAAUACCAUGUCCUCAUGCCAUAAAAGCAUUUAUCCAUAAAAAAAUUGACCCUAUUGCUGAAAUACACUGGUGGUAUUCUAAGGAAGCAUAUUUGAUGGUAUAUAAGCACAAGAUCGAACCUGUUAGAGGUGAAAUUU